AAAUCAUCGUGUGCUGUGCGAUAUGAACUCGGCAGGUAGCGGCGGCGGUCCAUACUUCAUGGGAAGUGGUCCAGGGAACCCAAAUGCUGCUGCUGGAAUGAACUUCAACAUGGGCUUCAUGAUGAAUCCACCUGGUGCCCCUACCGACGUCGCGAGUAUGCACAUGAACAGCUUUGGAACCAACACAGGCAGCGACGUCGCGGCUUCCCCGCCGUCGGCGUCGGCCAUGGGAAGCAGCCAACACCACGCAAACAACACCAGCAGUAGCUUCAAUCGUGGCAACUACCGAUGCAGUCGAUGUGGCGAACCGAAAAAAGGCCAUGUGUGUCCAUACCAGCCUGCCAACUACAAGUGCAGCAAGUGCGGCAACCUCAAGCGUUCGUGCACGUGCGGCGCCCCUCAGAAGAGCAACGUCGAGAUCCAAUGCGCUAUGGACGAGCAUAUGACAGUAGCACGACUCGAUCGUAGUGCGCAGGGCGUGACGGACUUCCACGAGUCGAUCCGGUCGUUCGUCGAAGGUGCGGCGUCGUCGUCGUCGUAGUUAUCGCGUGUCGCUGGAUGAAGGAACUCCUCACGUUUCCUUCCCUGCUGUAUAUAUAUAUAUAAAUCAAUCGGCGAACCACUACACGUGUCCGUACUUCGAGGGAUCCAAGGCCUUACGUGGUGGCAGCAUCAACGAAAGCACGAACGUUAUGCGCAACCUUCUAAGGGGGAAAUGAUAGUCUUAUUAUAUAGUAAACGACACUAAACUAGUACGACCGUUCAAGGGUUCAAAAUAUAUGACAGCCGUAGCUUGUGCUCGAUGGUGUCCU